AUGGCGCCAAAACACGAACCACGAGCGAGUCCGCAACAUUUCAUUAAGCAGGAACACGAGGCGGGGAGAGGCAGACUGCGGGAAGUUUCUGAAGACAAGGAUGUCGACAUCAUGGAUGAUGGGGCCGACGGGGACGAAGGCAAAGCUGGCUCGUCUAAUUCGGAUGGCGGCCCCGCAAGGAAAAGACGGAGGAGUCGCAAAGGCCUGGACAAGAAGUUCGAAUGCCCCCAAGAGGGCUGUGGGAAAAGCUACUCCAGAGCCGAGCAUCUGUACCGUCACCAGCUGAACCAUACACCCAAGCAGAUAUACGCUUGUGACUUUCCCGACUGCAGCCGCACUUUUGUUCGCCUGGACUUGUGUAACCGCCAUAGAGACCGCCACACAGCCAAGGGGUCUGCUUUGAAUCGCAAAGACUCAAUGAUGAGCCACCUGUCUCCUACUACAGAUCGACCCCCUUUUCCUCUCCCGGGAUCAGCCUCGCCAGAGAUGAGUCGGCCGGGCACUGGUUUUGCCAACGUACGGCAGGCUCAGAUGCAGUAUCAGUCUCCCAAAGACGCAUCCGGUAGUCCGUUUGCCCAAGCAACAAACACUCCCCCCGGAUACCCCAUGGGCGCGCACCCUAACGGCAUGGAUGGCUUCAUGCAUCACGAUAAUGGCUAUGGGGGCGUUCAGCCGCACCGUCCCUCGCAACAGUCGCCAAACGGUCCGAGGCCGACGGUGCCAACGAACGGGGCCUACAUGUCGCCGAUCCCAAAUCAACAUGGCUACCACAGUCAACCGCACAGCACCCCUCAGUCUGCUACGUACACCACUCAGCAAAACUUCCCGCCCUUCAAUCUACCGCCCUCCGAGUUCUCUAACGGUGCGGGUAAUGUACCCCGCGAUGGCCAGACGUACGUACCGACCACCUCUGCAGAAUACACUGAGCAGGGCCAUCCCCAGCAAUCGGGCGAGAUGAUGUUGCUCGACCAGAUGUCCAUGCCCGGGACGAUCCCGGUUUUUGGAAGCGAUAGCAUACUGAGCAAAUCGCCCUAUGUCACGAUCCCGGAAGACUUUGUCGCCUACCUGUUUAACACGCAACAAGGGGAAGGCUCGCCAAUGGGCCAUAUGGUAGCCCCAGGCUACGGAGAGGUUCAAAACUCCUACAGUGUCCCAUAUGUAGGGACAGAAGGCGUGCCCAUGGGCUAUUUUCCCUCGGGGCCCCAGCAGGUCAUGGCCGUCAACAACUUGCUCGAUCAAAAUCUCCCAGAGGCCACCAUCUCCGAGGAGAAGAGUCAAGAGAUCUACGAGUUCAUCAACCAGAGGUUCCACGAGAACGACCAAGCUCCAGCGUUACGACAGCGUGACAGUAUCCUGGAGGGUGAUCGUAGCGAUGCCGACCAUAUGCUCAGCAAACGAAUGAUGCAGGCAUACAUCGGAUCGUACUGGGUCCAUUUCAGCGACCAGAUCCCCAUUCUUCACAAACCGACCUUCUCUCCCGACAGAACACCGAAUUUACUGCUCCUUGCAAUGAUGACGAUCGGUGCAGCCUGUCUUGACAAGACACACGGGCAGAAAGUCACAAAGGCUGGGGCGCAGUUGUCCAACUUCUUGGCCUGGCAUCUUCGAUGGGAGAUAUUCAUGGACCCGAACUUCCGGCCGCCUGCCAAGUUGUGGGUGUUUCAGACACUUCUCCUUCUCGAGCUCUAUGAAAAGAUGUACUCGACUAGAGAGCUACACGAAAGGGCCCAUAUCCACCAUGCGACGACCAUUACUCUGAUGCGCCGUGGACGAUCGCUCAUCGGCAAGUCGGCCCUUGAUUCGCCACCCAACCCUCGAGAUGACAAGACAAACGGCUCUCGCCACUCCUCGACGUCCGGUGUGGCUCACACUGCAGAUGAAUGGUGGAACCACUGGAUCACCAACGAGUCGACGAGACGGGCUGCGUUUGCGGCUUUCGUCAUCGACUCAAUCCACGCUACAAUGUUUGGACAUUCUACAGUAAUGGUCACUCAUGAAAUGAGACUGCCACUGCCCUGUGACGAAGCUUUAUGGAAGGCCACGAGUGGUGCAGAGGUCGGCAGGAUUGAGUCCAACCUCCUCUCCAAUGGCGUUAAACCCAUUUCUUUUCUGGAAGGCUUGAAACGGACACUGAGCGGGCAAGGAGUGCAAACCAACCCCUUCGGUCGCAUGGUACUCAUGGCCGGUCUCCUCAGCGUCAGCUGGCACAUGAACCAAAGGGACCUUCAAGUCAACGUACUUGGUGGUGGCGUGUCUCAGGCGCUGGGGGGCCGAGACAAGUGGCGGGGAACCCUGACGAGAGCCUUUGACGCUUGGAAGGAAGAUUUCGACAAAUCGCUGACAAGGACGGAAGGCUCUUCUGACCCUUACCGGUACGACUCUGCGAAGAAAAACGAUGCCAACGUUGUCUUCGAAAGCCGGACGGUGCUGCAUCACCUUGCUCACAUGGCGAUGCACGUUGACAUUGUCGACUGCCAGAUCUUUGCCAGGGCAAAAAGGCUUCUGGGAAGAGCCAUUGGACAACAGGACCUGAACAGCGCACAGAGACGGAUGAGAGAUCUCUGGGCGCCAUCGGCCAAGGCCCGGGACGCUACGUUUUAUGCACUCAAGUUCCUGAGCUCCGUGCUCAUGCCCGAUGGGGGGCACUCGCCGCCGUCCAACGGUUACAAGUACGAUGAGCCUUACACGGCGCGAGACGACGUGCUUCUCAACAGACCAUGGGUUCUGUACUUUGCGGCCCUCGUCGUUUGGUGCUACGGAUUCGCUCUUGAGGGCCCAUGUCCUGGGAUUCCGGUGCCGGGGACAAAGCAUGAACAGGUGCAACAGAUGCGAGACUAUCUGAUGAAAUACGGCGGUGCCACCUCGCCCGAUGAUCUCAAAAUGAUGAAGGGGGUCAACACGAACACCGCGCUACUGCUGGUUCUGAAAGACUCGUUCGGAACCACACGCUGGGAACUACUUCACGAAGGUGCCAACCUUCUCAACAACUGUCUUCAGCUGAAUACCGGAGCCAUCACGAUGUGA